UGCGCCCGGGCGCAAGGUGGGGCCGCAGGCGCCCGCAUUCUGGGGUGUGCGCAAGGGUAGGGGGCAACGGUCAGCUGUCACCCGGAGGCGGGUGGUGGAGGGAUGGCGACGGCCUCUGGAUCCUCGGACUUGGCCGGCUCCGGAGCGCCCCCGCCUGGUGGGGGAGCCCAAGCGGCAGCUGAGGAGGAAGAGCGAGAGGUGGUGCGGGUCCGAGUCAAGAAAUGUGAGAGCUUCUUGCCACCUGAGUUUCGCUCUUUUGCUGUGGACCCCCAGAUCACCUCACUCGAUGUGUUACAGCACAUCCUCAUCCGAGCCUUUGACUUGAACGGGAAGAAGAAUUUUGGUAUCAGCUACCUGGGCCGGGAUCGGCUGGGGCAGGAAGCUUAUCUCUCACUCCUGUCUGACUGGGACCUCAGCACGGCCUUCGCCACCGCCUCCAAACCUUACCUGCAGUUGCGUGUAGAUAUUCGGCCCACUGAGGAUAGCCCACUGCUGGAAGACUGGGACAUAAUCAGCCCCAAGGAUGUCAUUGGCUCCGACAUGCUGCUGGCUGAGAAGCGGUCAUCGCUGACGACAGCUGCCCUUCCCUUCACACAGUCCAUCCUCUCUCAGGUGGGCCGCACCUUGUCCAAGGUCCAGCAGGUGCUGAGCUGGUCAUAUGGGGAAGACGUCAAGCCCUUCAAGCCUCCCCUAAGCGAUGCAGAGUUUCACACAUACCUGAACCACGAGGGCCAGCUCUCACGCCCCGAGGAGUUGCGCCUGCGGAUCUACCAUGGUGGUGUUGAGCCCUCCCUGCGAAAGGUGGUGUGGAGGUACCUUCUGAACGUGUACCCAGACGGGCUGACAGGCCGUGAGCGGAUGGACUACAUGAAACGCAAGAGCCGCGAGUAUGAGCAGCUCAAGAGCGAGUGGGCCCAGCGAGCGAGCCCUGAGGACCUGGAGUUCAUCCGCAGCACGGUCCUCAAGGACGUGCUGCGUACCGACCGGGCCCACCCCUACUUCGCAGGGCCCGAGGACGGCCCACACCUGCGGGCUCUGCACGACCUGCUCACCACUUACGCCGUUACCCACCCACAGGUGUCCUACUGCCAGGGCAUGAGCGACCUGGCCUCGCCCAUCCUUGCCGUCAUGGACCACGAGGGCCAUGCCUUUGUCUGCUUUUGUGGCAUCAUGAAGCGCCUGGCUGCGAACUUCCACCCUGAUGGCCGCGCCAUGGCCACCAAGUUCGCUCACCUCAAGCUGCUGCUGCGACACGCCGACCCUGACUUCUACCAGUACUUGCAGGAAGCCGGUGCUGACGACCUCUUCUUCUGUUACCGCUGGCUGCUGCUCGAGCUCAAGCGCGAGUUCGCCUUUGAUGACGCUCUCCGCAUGCUGGAGGUCACCUGGAGCUCGCUGCCCCCCGACCCUCCCGAGCAUGAGGUAGAGCUCGUGGGCCCCCCCAGCCUGGUGGCAGACACUGGCUUUGGGGGCCACAGGGGACGGCCCGUGCGGCAGAGGCACAUGCUGAGGCCCGCCGGUGGAGGAGAUGGUGCUUUUGAAGAUGCUGUUGACCACUUGGCCACCACCAGCCAGGGGCCUGGUGGUGGAGGGCGUCUCCUGAGACAGGCCAGUCUGGAUGACCUCCAGCAACUCAGGGAUAACACAGGCCCCAGGAGGGACCUUCUGGUCCAGCUGCCCCACCCAGCUGCCCUCAUCAGCUCCAAGUCUCUCUCUGAGCCCUUGCUGAACUCCUCAGACCCACUGCUUUCCUCCUCUUCCCACCCUGAUUCCCCAUCGUCUUCAUCGCCGCCAUCCACCCAGGACGCCUCUCCCACUGGUGACAUGGCUGCAGGAUCCCCCUUGAUGCCAGAGAUGGAGUCCCCAGGACCUCUUUACCUGCUGGAGCUGAAAUACUUCCCAUUUCAGGUGAAGGGCGGCUCCUGCUUCCCCAGUGGCAGGAGAAUGGAUGCUGAGAAAUCAGUUCUAGAAGGUGAGCCCAGGUCGAGGACUGCUUGAGGAGGCCUGAGGCUGUUUUGUCGUACAUCUGUCUGCCUGUAAGGGUCUGGAUGAUGUCUGUGAAUGUAUGUUUUUAGGACAGGCCCUUUGAAUGAGGGAUGGGAGAGAGAGUUCCUGAUUCAGAAAGGGCAAGAUUCAUUACAAAGACUGGGAAGUAUGGGCUACUUAGAAACAUUGGGCCAGCUACCUCUAGCAUUCCACACGUCACCAUUUCUAGGAUCCAGCCCCUUCUCUGUGAGUCUUAUGCACUAAUGCUAGUGGUCCUGGACAGGGGUCUAAGGUUCCUAUUCUCGUCACUUGCUCUGGGGACAGCUUAAGGGACUAUGGCCUUGCCAUGCCUCAGGCUGUCAGCACUAAACUGGGUUUCCAGCUCAUGGAUACCUGUCUUAACCAUUUCAACAAUAGAAACCAUUUAUUUGCCUUCUCCAUCCCACUACUGUGGACAAACAAAUCAAGCACUGAUAAAGCUCAGGCCCUAAAAGGAGUCACCUGCCUGUGUGGAGGAUAAUGAUCCAAAAGAAGUUCAUUUUCGCCACUUACCUUCUCAGAAGGCAGAUUCUCUCACAGGCCGAGUUGUCCCUCCACAGAAGACGUGGCAGAUGAUGGAUGAAGUAACUUGGGGUCCUUCAGGUCGUGGCCUCACUGUGCCAGGUUCUGGCCAGAAGUUGCUGCUCUAGGCAAUACUGACAGGUGAGGGGCAUGAGGGCAGCUAUCCUCUCAUCUGUCUCUCCCAAAACAAUGUCAUAUAAAGCUGGAGUUAACUCUUAAAAGGCUCCCAUCACCCCCCAGUAUUGGACAGGAGGCUGACCACUCCUCAGAUGAGGGCUCAGUCACCGGAGGCAGGACAAGACCAUUCUGUGCCUAGGGUCUCCAAGACUGUGGGUCUAACAAGUGCGGAUAAGGGGCUCAGGCACGCUGGCCCCAGGGGCCAUCCAAGAUAUGGGAGAAUCUGGCCCUCUGAGGACUUGAAAUGUCCCCUUUGUCAGUAACCAGCUGACACCCUCUGGGUGUAUUCUGUGAUUUAUGAGCUUAGAUAUUUGAGAAGUCAGACAACUCAAUUCUGUGUAUGGCAGCUUGGGACCUCUGAAGGCCAGAGGAGUCCUUUCUGUGAACAGGAGGCUCAGAUAACCUGAAGGACAGAAAUCUCUAUUAGUUUCCGAAGUUACUUGGGACUUCUGGUUCCCGCUAAGAUGGCAGACAGCACAAGCCACUGAUUCCCUUGCCCAAAAACUACUCUGGAGAAACUACAGAGGGAAACAUGAGUUCCAGAAACUAGCACAGCUAUGAAGACCUAUGAGGAGAUGGAAGGUUAUCUUUAACUGACCUGUGUUUUGAGUGGUAGAUGGCUGGAGGCAACAAAUACAGGACAGGUUAGAGAUUUAAGUUCUGGCUGGUGCCUCUCCCCCAUGUUGCCUUGCCUGCCCCCUCAUUGCAGAAAUCAUCCAAACCACUGGUACAGGUGUCUGGUGGGGGGGCUACUAUCAGGGUAUCAAGAAGCCUGCUGAGGGGAGGAAAUGAGCAGCCAGAGGAGUGAUUACUCCCCCACUGUCCCCCUCCAGACACCAGGGCUAGUGGUAACACCUGGGAGAUGACCCCCCCUCUUAGGGUUUAAGGAUGAAACCUACCAGCAGAAUUGUUGGGUGGUGUGAUCGUAGAUGGGAGUGAGAGCUCUACUUGUGUGGUGCCUGGGACUCUCCACCCUUUGGCUCAUCUCCCCUCACACCCCUUUACCCCUUGGACUCCAGGUGAUUAACCAGAGUCAAGUCUGGCCUUCAGCCUUCCCUCAGUACAGUUACCAGCCAGAACAGCUGCUCACAUCAGGGGAAUAUGAGCUCACUGUCAAAAGAACAAGACACCCGGGCAGUAUAAUGACCUCCAGUGAAAAAUAAACUGGAUGUAUUAGUUAUCUAUUGCUGUAUAACAAAUCACCCCCAAACUUAGCUUAAAACAACAAAUAUUUAUUUUCUCAGUUUCUGAGGGUCAGGAGUCUGGGAGCAGCUUAGCCAUGAGGUUUUGGCUCAGGGUCUCUUCUGAGGUUUCAGUCAAGUUGUCAGCCAGGACUGCAGUCAGCUGAAGGCAUGACUUGGCUGAACGACCCAACACUAACGUGGCCCACUCACAGAGCUGUUGGUAGGAGGCUUCAGUUUUUCACCACGUGAGCCUCUCCAUGGGGCUCCAAACAACACGUGGUCCCAGCAGGCAGGCAAGAGAUCAUAACCAAGACAGAACUGCAAUGUCUAUUAUAACUUAACCUCAGAAAUGGCAUACCGUCACUUUUGUUGUAUUUUCUUGGUCACAUAGGCCUAUGUGUUUUACUAGGCCCUAGUAAAACAUGGAGGGGAACCACGCAGGAUGUGAACAUCAGGAGGCAGGGCUCAUUGGGGGCUAUAUCAGACUGGCUACCACACUGGGUGACAUACAAUAUCUGAAGCAGAAAUACUGGGACAUACAGAUGAAGACUUUUAAAUAAGUACAAUAAGGGAGAAAAUAUAAAACAGGAACAAGAAAUAGAAAAAGGACUCAAAACAAAAUAAGGUAUGAGUAUGAUGGUAGAAAAAAAAGAAACAAAGAUACUGUAAAUGGAGAAGAUGAAAUGAGAUGUCAAGUUUUAAUAUAAUAGUAAGUACAAAAAACAUUUAGAACACCACCCUCAAUGGAUUUUGUUUUUUUAAAAAAAGGUCCAACUGUACACACACACACACACACACACACACACACACACACAGGGAUGUUGAAAAUGAAAGGAUGAAGAAAAUAUAUAGCAGACUAAUAAAAGCCCAAAGAAAGCUGGGAGAGACAUCCUAAUAACUAACAAAAUGAAAUUUCAGAUCGCGAAAAACAAAGAAGGACAUAUACUCAUUAACAAAGAAUAUAUGCCUACCAUAAACACAUACACUCCUAAGGAGACCUGAACAAUACAUUUUUAAGCUUGAUAUAUAAUUUCAUGACACACGUUCCUAUAUAACUCUCCACUUAACAAAUGGAGAAGACUCCUUUUAUGCUUACACUUAAUUACAAAAAACAGACCCUGUUAGGGCACAAAGAAAGCCUCAGUGAAUUCAAAAGUAUCAAUAUCAACCAUGUUCUCUGGCCACAAUGCAAUAAAAUUAGCAAUAAUGAAAAGCAAUUAAAAAAAAGGGCCUAGGAGUUCCCUGGUGGCCUAUUAGUUAGGAUUCUGGGCUUUCACUACCAUGGUCUGGGAUCAAUCCUUGGUUGGGGAACUGAUAUCCCACACAGCAUGGCCAAAAAAAAAAAAAAAGGUCCCCAGUUUUGGAAACUAGCAUUACUAAAUAACCCCUGGGUAAAGGAAGAAAUAAAGGAACUUUAGAAAUACUUAGAACUAAACAGUAAAAACACUACAUGCAAAAUUUCUAGGACACAGAAAAAUCAGUUCUUAAAAGAAAAUACAUAGCUUUAAGUAUAUUUAUCAGGAGAGAAGAAAGGUUGAAAAAUAAAUGACCUAAGCAUUCAAAUCAAGAAGUUGGGAAAACAGCAGAGGAACAAACCCAUGACUCCAUGAGUCAUGAAGGAAAUAUCGUUAAGGAAGGAAAUAAGUGCCAAAGAGAAUUUUUAAAGUAAUGAUAAAGAAUAGCAAAAUGAAAAGCUGGUUCUUUUAAAAUAUUAAUGAUAGGCCUCUGCCAAGACUGCUUUAAAAGAAUGCAAAAUACAACACAGAAAAAGGGAAAUUAUAGACACAAAAAGGCUCAAUAUUGGAAGCUAAUACAUUCGAAAACCUUGAUGAAAGGCUUAAGUUUCUGGAAAAAUUAAAAUGUGCUCAGACUGAUGCAAAAAGAAAUUGAGAAAUAUAACAAGUUUUAAGAAAAUUUGAAAUGAUAGUUA